AUGGAAAAACCGUUCCCGUGUGAUGUACGUGUUCAGAGGUUCACUAACGGCAAACAUCUAAAGGUACACCGGUGGACGUGCAUAGCACAGAAACAGUACCUAUGUGACAUUUGCAACAAGAAGUUCACUAACAGCAACACACGGAAUAUUCACCGACGAACUCACACGGGAGAGAGACCGUAUCCGUGUGACAUUUGCAACAAGAAGUUCAAUACCAAAUGUAACCUAACGGUGCAUCGGUGGAUACAUACAGGACAGAAACCGUAUACGUGUGAUAUUUGCGCCAAAUCGUUCAAUCAAAGCAGCACCCUGACUAUUCACAGGUGGACGCACACGAGUGAUAAACCGUACCCUUGUGAUGAUUGCGACAAGAAGUUCAAUACCAGAGGAUCCCUAACGGUACAUCGGCGGAAACACACAGGAGAGAAACCGUAUACGUGUGAUGUUUGCGACAAAUCGUUCAAUCAAAGCAGCACUCUGACGAUCCACAGGUGGACGCAUAAGAGUGAUAAACCGUACCCAUGUGAUGAUUGUGACAAGAAGUUCACUACCAGGGGCACCCUGACGAUCCACCGGCGGACUCACACAGGAGAGAAACCAUACCCUUGUGACAUUUGCAACAAGAUGUUCGCUAACAGAAGCAAUCUGAAUGCACACCGUCGAACGCAUACAAGAAAUAAACCUUAUACCUGUGAUGUUUACGACAAAUCGUCCAGUCAUAGAUGCAUGCAACCUGACGAUACACCGGCGGACUAA